AUGGUUCAACUAAACCCACCCACAGACGCGUCUACGCGUCGUGGCGCUUUUAUAGUAUUCGAAGGGUGUGAUAGGGCCGGGAAAUCAACUCAAGCUGCUAAACUUGUAGAAUAUUUACAAAAGCGGCAUAAACAGCCAUCAUUAAAGUCUCUGGGUGUGGGUGUUGGAGAAACUUUUACCAAUAAUUUGAAAGAAAGUGAAACUAUGACUGAUAAAGCCAAAGUCGCGCAGUUAUGGAAGUUUCCUGAUCGUACUACACAUAUUGGAAAAAUGAUUGAUGGAUACCUCAAAAACACCAAAGAUUUAGAUGAUCAUGUUGUGCAUUUAUUGUUCUCGGCUAAUCGUUGGGAGUGUAUGACCGCCAUCAAGAACAUCUUGCUGAGCGGUACCACCCUUGUAGUUGAUCGAUACGCGUACUCGGGGGUAGCAUUCUCUGCAGCAAAAGAUCUUGAUAUUAAUUGGUGUAAAUCAUCAGACAUCGGAUUGCUUACGCCCGAUAUCGUAUUCUUUAUGGAUUUGGAACCGGAAGAAGCGGUCAAACGUGGUGGAUAUGGAAAAGAACGAUACGAGAAACUGGAAUUUCAAAAGAAAGCUCGAAAGAUUUUCUUAGAUUUGAAGGAUUCUUCGUGGAAGGUAUUGGAUGCACGUCAAACGAUCCCCGAACUCCAUCAACAAAUCUUCGAAACUGCAGAAGAAAACAAUCUCAUAAUUUAA